AUGCUUGGCACAAAUGCAGCGAGAGCAGGCGGCGGCGCGGCGGAGGCGCGGGUCCCUCGCCCGAUACAACGUCGGACGUUUGUCCCCCACGAGCAUGACGUAGCGCGCGAACGUCUGUUCGCAGAUUAUUUUGCCGAGAAUCCAAGGUGGGGCCCGAAUGUUUUUCACCGACGUUUUAGAAUGAGCCGAGAUCUUUUUCUCCGCAUUGUGCACACGUUGGAGGGACGUGAUGAGUACUUCCAGUAUCGGGAAGACGGGAUCGCUAGACCCGGACUUACGCCGUUGCAGAAGUGCACGGUUGCGAUCCGCCAGUUGGCCUACGGCACAACAACGGAUAUGUUCGACGAGUACCUCCACGUCGGGGAGAAAACUGGCCGCGAAUUUCUCAAGACUUUUUGUAAGUUAGUUGUGGAGGCUUUUGGCGACACAUAUUUGCGACGCCCGACUGCUGAUGAUGGCCAGAGCCUGAUGCGGAUGCACGAGACGGUGGAUGGCUUCCCUAGGAUGCUAGGGAGCAUCGACUGUCCGGCGCAUUUCUGGUACAAGGAAGUCAUCGCCGACGUAUUGUAUGCGUGCAUCAUCAUGCAUAACAUGAUAGUCGAACAAGAACAUGGACAUGUCACCGAUUGGGUGGAUGAUGAAGCCGGAUCUAGCUCCAGCAAGGCGACCUCGCAUGUCACUUGA